AUGUCAGUUGACCAUAGCAGUUCGUUUGUUGCCGGCAUCCUCCCGCUCUCCUUUACCCUCUCGUCGCGCCAGCUGCGCAUCAUCACACUCCUCGGCACCGGCGUGCUGGUGGGGACGUCGCUCAUCGUCAUCAUUCCAGAGGGCAUCGAGACCAUGUACAGCGCCGGCAGGACACAUUCGCGCAUAUCUCGGAGCGUCGUGGACACAAUUCCCAACAUCCAUAAGCUGCAGACUGGUAUUAACCACCCUUCGGACUUCGGUCUUGGUGCUAGAGACGUGGUUGAUACCGACUUCGUGAGGAUUGGUGCUUUGAAGGCGCCCAAUGGCGGGGCCCUCGAGCCAAGAGCUCCGAUUGACCUCAGACUCAGGAGGACACAGGAGCUGAAGGAGAAGGCCAAAGAGAAUGGAGCCUACAAGCACAAGGUCGAGGAGGAGGAGCCCCAUCAGGCGCAAAAGGGGGGCGACGAUGACUCCACGGAAGGCCACAAGGAAGGCCACACCCGUGUGCACGCCCCAGAAGAGGACGAGAACAACCACAAGCACGCCGAGGAUAUGCAGGGUCCCAGCCCACACGCCUACAUUGGUGUUGCUCUGAUCCUGGGUUACAUCCUCAUGUUCCUUGUUGACCACGUCCCAGAAGCCCUCUCUUCGUCGCAGCAGCAGUACCAGCCCAUGCACAUCUCACUAUCCAAUCUGCACCGUGGACCACACAACUCGUCCAGUCUUAGUCUGAACGGCCUGACAACACCUGGAUCACCACCAAUGCUGACCCCUACACCCAUGGCUCCGCCUAAGAAGAAAGGAUCUGCAACGACUAUCGGCUUGGUGGUUCAUGCUUGUGCCGAUGGUAUUGCCCUCGGCGCUUCAUCGGCUGCUCCUGCUGGCUCCCUGUCCUUCAUUGUUUUCCUGGCAAUCAUGCUGCACAAGGCCCCCGCUGCCUUUGGACUCACUUCGGUCUUGUUGAAGCAAGGUCACUCGAAGCGCACAGCACGAACCCACCUGGCUUUCUUCAGCCUUGCCGCCCCCGCAGGCGCUUUUGUGACUUGGGCCAUGGUUCACGCGCUGGGACGCGGCACGCUCGGUGGGGACGAGGGCCUCACCUGGUCAACCGGUUGGGUAUUGUGCUUCUCCGGCGGCACAUUUCUAUACGUUGCUAUGCACUCAAUGAUAGAGGCAACGAACCCGCAAGAAGAGCCUGUUAUCAAUGGCUAUCUCGACGCGCCACUUGGAAAGCAAGACAUGUCCAAGAUUGACAUCCUUAUUGUUGUCUUUGGCAUGUUGUUGCCACUCGUUACGCAGAUUGGGCACGCUCAUGCGCACGCUCAUUAG